AUGGAUGAGGACAAAGGGAACCCCAACUCCCAGCCCCCCAGCCCCUUGCCCAGCUGGCUGGAAGACGAGUCACUCGGUGAGCAGUGGUUGGGGGCAGUGGGCGAGUCAGGCCUCCCACUGUCAGAGAUGGAGGAGGGGUCCUUUGGCCACGGCGAUGCCGACUGGAAUGACGACACCGAUCGAGACCUUUCCCAAUUCGGAGAUGUUACCGAAUGGGAAGAAGAGGAGACAGAAGUUGAGACAGAAGACGAGACACUCUAUGAAGAACUCUACCAAUGGGAAGAAGUGGGAGUUCAAGAAUGUUCCCAACAGGGAGCCGGGAGACCCCAAGAACUCUACACACUUGAAGAAGACAUGAGAGUCCAAGAACUUUCCCAGUGGUGUGAGGGGAGACAGCCAGAGCUGUACCAACGGGAAGAAAGUGUGAGACGCCAGGAGCUGCACGAAUGGGAAGAAGGUGGUGUGAGAUACCACGAGCUGACCCAAUGGGAAGAACAUGUGACAAUCCGAGAGCUGCCCCAAAGGGAACAAGAAGAGACAUAUGAAGACCUGUCCCAGUGGGAAGAUCUGGCAGUUCAAGAACUUUCCCAAUGGGAAGAUCUGGGAGUCCAAGAACUGUCCCAGCAGGAAGGUCCGAGAUCCCAUGACCUGCCUCAGCAGGAAGAAGAUGUGGGAGUCCAUGGACUGUACCAAUGGGAAGACAAGAGAGAUCCAGAGCUCUCCCAGAUGGAAGACAAGACAGACAAGGAGCAAGUCCAGGAAGAAGAGUACAGUGCCCAAGAGCUGCCCCCAAGGGAAGACAGAAGUGACAAAAAGCUGUCUCAGGGGGCAGCUGACGUGGGUCCCAGCAUUUGGGACAAACCCUUGAGCCCAGUGAGCACUGCGGACCCCCAGGCUGUUGCCCAGGAGGGGCCCAGCUCUCCCAGCAGCGUGGGCACACAGGUGGCAGCAGAGGCAGCCCGUGAGCUGCCCAGCCCAGCUCCUGCCCCGCUGAGUCCCACGGAGGCCGAGCCGGCAGCUGCUGCCCCGGCCGGAGCUGCUGAGGAGGAGAAGCCCCAGGGGCCUCUCACUCCUGAGGAACCAAAGGCAGAAGAGGGCAGCCAGGCCCUGCUGGACAUGCCUGAGUUCCUGGACAUGCCCGAGCUCAUCACCGCUGACAUCCUGAGCGAGGCUGAGCUUGAGAUCCAGGAAUCUGAGCAGAAGUUCGAGGAACAAGGAGACCAGGAACAAAGCACAGAUGCAGAAGUGCAAGAAAAUGCAGGAGGGACAGAGAGUCCGGUCCCUUCCCCACACAGCCCCUCAGAGGGGAGCCAGGCCAUACUGGACACAGAGCAGGACAUCACUACUGAGAUCCUGAGCGGGACUGAGCCUGUGAUCCAGGGAUCUGAGCAGCAGCUGAUGGAACAGGGAGACCAAGAAGAAAGCACAGCUGCAGAAAUGCAAGAAAUAGCAGGAGGGACUGAGAGCCCAGUCCCUGCUCCACAGAGCCCCUCACAGGGCAGCCAGGCCAUGGACAUGCCCGAAUUCCUGGACAUGACUGAAUUAAUCACCACUGAGACCCUGAGUGAGACUGAGCUUGAGAUUCAGGGAUCUGAGCAGCAGCUGAUGGAACAGGGAGACCUGGAACAAAGCACAGCUGCAGAAAUUCAAGAAACAGCAGAGGGGACAGAGAGUCCAGUCCCUGCCCCACAGAGCCCCUCAGAGGGCAGCCAGGCCCUGCUGGACAUGGCCGAGCUCAUCACUAAUGAGAUCCUGAGGAAGGCUGAGCUUGAGAUCCAGGGAUCUGAGCAGCAGCUGAUGGAACAGGGAAACUUGGAAAAAAGCAAAGCUGCAGAAAUACAGGAAACAGCAGGAGGGACACAGAGCCCGGUCCCUGCCCCACAGAGCCCCUCAGAGGGCAGCCAGGCCCUGCUGGACAUACCUGAGAUCAUCACCACUGAGAUCCUGAGCGAGACUGAGCCUGUGAUCCAGGGAUCUGAGCAGCAGCUGAUGGAACAGGGAGACCAAGAAGAAAGCACAGCUGUAGAAAUGCAAGAAACAGCAGCAGGUACAGAGAGCCCACUCCCUGCUCCACAGAGCCCCUCAGAGAGCAGCCAGGCCCUGCUGGACAUGGCCGAGCUCAUCACCACUGAGAUCCUGAGGAAGGCUGAGCUUGAGAUCCAGGGAUCCAGCCAGGAGCUGGAGGAACAGGGAGACCUGAAACAAAGCACAGCUACAGACUUGGAAACAGUUCCAGCAGAAGAAAGGACACAGAGCCCGGUCCCUGCCCCACAGAGCCCCUCAGAGGGCAGCCAGGCCCUGCUGGACACAGACCAGUCCAGCAGCAGUGAAUUCCUGAGCAAGGCUAAGCUGAAGAUCCAGGGAUCCGGCCGCGAGCAGGCGGAACAGGGAGACCUGGAACAAAGCACGGACACAGAAACAGGAACAGCAGUUACAGCAGAUGGGGAAGGGAGCCCGGUCCCUGCCCCACAGAGUCCCUGCAGCCCCCUCAGCUCCUCAGCUCCCAGCCUGGAAGACCAGGCUGUCAGGGAGCAGCAGGAGGAGGCAGAGAGGGGGUCAUUCCUGUCAGGGCAAGACACCGAGGAGGGGGCCAUAGAGGGCCAAGACUGGAAAUACCACCUUGACCAAGAGAUUUCCCAGUGGGAACACGAGGGAGACCAAGAGCUGUCCCCAGAAGAAACGAAAACCUCCCAAGAAGUGUCCCAAGGGGAAGAGCGCAGGGAGCAGGAGCUGUCCCCUGGAGCAGGCAAGAGCUUCCAGGAACUGUCCGACUGGGACAAAUACAGCGAGGAAGAGGAGCCCCAAGGAGAAGGGAAGAGCUACCAGGAAGUGUCUGACUGGGAAGAAAACAUCAAGCAAGAGCAGUCCCAGGGAGAAAAGAGAAGCUACCCAGAAGUGUCUGACUGGGAAGAACACAGCGAGGAGAAACUGCCCCACGAAGGAGUGAAGAGCUACCAAGAGGUGUCCGACUGGGAAGAAAACCUGGAACAAGAGCAGUCCCAGGGAGAAUCCAAGAGAUGCCAAGAUGUAUCCGACUGGGAAGACUCCAGUGAGGAAGAGCUGUCCCACGGAGGAGCCAAGAGCUACCAGGAAGUGUCGGACUGGGAAGAAAACCUGGAGCAAGAGCAGCGGCAAGGACAGGUGAGAAGCUUCCAAGAAGUGUCCGACUGGGAAGAAUUCCUUGAGGAAGAGCAGUCCCCAGCAGAAGUGAAGAGCUACCAGGAAGUGUCCGACUGGGAAGAAAACCUGAAGCAGGAGCAGUCCCAAGAAGUGAAGAAGUGUGAAGAACUGGCUGACUGGGAAGAGCUGCCUGACAGCACAGAAGAGCUGUCCCAUGGAGAAGAGAAGAUCUCCCAGGGACCAUCCAAGUGGGAAGAAUCCAGCGAGGAAGAGCAGUCCCCAGGGAGUAGCAGUGGCUACCCAGAACUGACCGAGUCGGAAGAAUCCAGCAUGGAAGGGCAGUUCCAAAGGAAAUUCAGUGCCUACCAAGAACUCCUGUCCGACUGGGAAGACUCCAUUGCCCAAGAGCUGUCUGAAGACGAAGACUCCCUCGGCCAAGAGUUUUCUGACUGGGGAGACUACAUCCCCUCCAUGGUGUCCCGCUGGGAAGACAACAGCGACAGGGAGCUGGCACUGCUGGACUGGGAACACACGACCGUCCACAGCUUGGAGGUCAAGCCCUUGCGGCCGGAGGAGGACGAGUGGGAAGAACUGAGCGUCCUGGAGCUGUCGCAGGGAGAAGGCACGGAACACAGGCUGGCAAUCCUUGCGGCAGAGGGGCUCCCGGUGCCCGUCCCUCGCGAGGCGUGGGCUGAGCGCUGGGCGCCUGCCCCAUGCCCAGCGGGGCCGGUCUGUGCCUCCCCUGCCCAGCUGGAGGCCCAGGCCCCCCGAGGGGCUGCAGCUCCUCCUGCUUCGCACAAGCAGGUGGCACAGGCAGGGACAUGGAGCCAGGGCCCUGCCCCAGAGAGCCCCUGCUGCCCCCCCAGCCCCUCCCCUGCCCAGCUGGAGGCCCAGGUCCCCCGAGGGGCUGCAACUCCUCCUGCCUCGGACAAGCAGGUGGCAGAGGCGGGGGCACAGACCCAGGGCCCCAGGAAACGUCCCUGUCGUUUCAGGCGGGUGCUCGGGGCUCUGCGCCGGCUCUUCCGCUCCUGCACAUGGGGACAGCCUGAGGAUUAGGUCCCGCUCCAGCGCCGGGCCGGGCCCACACACCUCUGCAAUCCUUCCACAGACAGUGACUCCACCACCGACUUGUGACAUUUACUGCCAAUCUUGACGACUCCUGCAGGGAAUGAGCAAAGACAGGAUCUGCUGCUCCCACAACCUCCCUGCAGGACUGCCACAGCCACAACUAUUCCAAAACAAACCCAACACGGC